AUGCCUGAAAAAGAGUUAAAUUACAUUAGAUCACACGACGCUGCAGAGUCAGAUGAAAAAAAUGGUGGAAUUUAUAUUGAUGCAUUUGAUGCUCAAGAAUCAAAACCAGAAUUGAAAGGUUGGAGUAAAUUUGUUGAUGGUUUUAAGAAAGCUGAUGCUGAAGAAUUGGGUAUUGACCCAAACUUAAGUGAAGAAGAAAAAAUUGCAAUUAUGACGGCAAAUUCUCCAUUGUCAAGAUCAUUGAAGAAUAGACAUAUUCAAAUGAUUGCAAUAGGGGGCAGUAUUGGUACUGGUUUAUUCGUGGGUUCAGGUUCUAAAUUAAAUACUGGUGGAGCCGGUGGUUUGAUGAUUGCUUAUAUUAUUAUAAGUACAAUGAUUUAUUGUACAGUUCAUUCAUUAGGUGAAUUAGCAGUCACUUUCCCAGUUUCUGGUGCUUUUGUUACUUAUAAUAGUCGUUUUAUUGAUCCAUCUUGGGGUUUUGCAAUGGCUUGGAAUUAUGCUAUGCAAUGGUUAGUUGUUUUACCUUUAGAAUUGGUAGCCGCGGCAAUGACGAUUAAAUAUUGGAAUGAAUCAAUUAAUUCUGCUGCUUUUGUUGCAAUUUUUUAUGUUUUAAUUGUUGCAAUUAACUUUUUUGGUGUUAGAGGUUAUGGUGAGGCUGAAUUUGUAUUUAGUGCUAUUAAAGUUUUAGCUGUUUGUGGGUUUAUUAUCUUGGGUAUUGUUUUAAUUUGCGGUGGUGGUCCAGUAGGUGGUUAUUUAGGUGGUCAUUAUUGGCAUACAUCUCAGUAUGAACCUGAUCCUCCUUCAGGUCAUUUUGCUUUUCCAAAUGGUGCUAAAGGGGUUGUAACAGUUUGUAUGUAUUUUCAAAUCAUUUUGAUUGUUUUGUUGGUAUAACUUUGGUCGUCCGCCCGAGUUAUUUCUUCGUGCGACAAAUAUUUUUCAGCCGUGAAAAACAAUCGCGCUGAGAAGAUUUGAAGCGCAAUUUAUCAACAAAAUCAACUCAGAUCAAACAAGAAUCAAUUCUAACUGAAAAUAUUAUAGUCGUAGGUGCUGCCUUCGCCUUUGCAGGAACUGAAUUAGCAGGAUUAGCUGCUGCUGAGACCUCGUACGUAAAGAUAUACUUGUUUUUUCAUGUUUGAAGGUUUUCAAUUUUAAAAAAAUUUUAAAAAAAAUUUUCAAAGCUUCAAAACAUCAAACUUGGUACUAACAACUAUGCGGAAAUGUUCGUAAAAGCUUGCCAAAGGCCUGUAAACAAGUGUUUUGGCGUAUUGCUUUGUUCUACAUCAUCUCCUUGACAUUAAUUACAUGUUUAGUUCCUUGGAAUGAACCAAGAUUAUUAAGUGACGGUGCGGCUGCAUCAGCUUCACCAUUUGUUAUUGCUAUUACGAAUGGAGGUAUUAGUGGAUUACCAUCAGUUAUGAAUGUUGUUAUUAUGAUUGCAGUUUUAUCAGUUGGAAAUUCUUCAGUUUUUGGUAGUUCAAGAACUUUGGCAGCUUUAGCAGCCUCAGGACAAGCUCCAAAAAUAUUUGGAUACAUUGAUAAGCAAGGUAGACCAUUAUUUGGUAUUAUAUUUCAGUUAAUUAUUGGUUUGUUAUGUUUCUUGGCUGCUUCACCAAAACAAAAUACAGUUUUUAACUGGUUGUUAGCAUUAUCUGGUUUAUCAUCAAUUUUUACAUGGGGUUCAAUAUGUUUCUGCUUAAUUAGAUUUAGAAGAGCAUUACGUCUCAAAGGUAGAGAUACUGGUGAAUUACAAUAUGCUUCACAAUGUGGGAUAAUUGGUGCUUAUUGGGGUGUGAUUGUUAACGCUGUUGUUAUUUGUUUACAAUUUUGGAUUGCUGUUUGGCCAAUUGGAACAAAACCAAAUGCUAAUGAUUUCUUUCAAAACUUUUUAACUGUUCCAGUUGUUCUUGUAUUUUAUGUUGGUCAUAAAUCAUGGACUAAAAAUUGGAAAUUUUAUAUUCGUGCAAAAGAUAUUGAUAUUGAUACUGGUAGAAGAGAUUUAGAUUUGGAUUUAGUUAAACAAGAAGUUGCUGAAGAAAAAGCUUAUUAUGCUUCAUUACCAUUCUAUAGACGUAUUUAUCAUUUCUUUUGUUAA